GGUGGGCGAUACUGCAAAAUUUGGUAUCGAUCCGAUACCAAAUACAUAUAGGGUCAGUAUUGCCGAUACCAAUACCAAUACGAUACUUUUUACUUAAAAAAAAUACUUUUGUGUAGGGGAGAGCAGUAUGUCAUUGUUUCUCAGGUGAAUGAAUGAUCAAUUCUUUAGACAAUAUUUUUUAUUAAUGUAUUGAAGUCACAACGCUUCUCUUCCUCUCGGCCAUCCUGAUCUCUCAUUCAAUGUGCUAUCAGCUUCGCUCACUCAGUUCGCUGCUCCUCGGCGCGUUGUGUCAGUGAGUCACGUGACGACACAACAACGAAUCGCAGCAGGAGGGGAGGAGUAGCAAAGUGGGCCAGGAUGUGAAAGCAGCGUUUGCUCAGGAUUGUAGAAGUAGAAGACACGAGCAAAGUAUAAUGAACGUAGAGAUUCAUUUUCACAACAACAGAUCCUGUAUGAAGUAAAGAGGAAGUGAAAAUUGUAUCACAAUGAAAUGAAAAGUUUUGUCUGGCGAAGACUACAUGAUCAUUUCCUUCUUAUACAUCAGAACUCUAUUUAAUCAUUAAAUUUCAUCUUUAUAAAAUUUUAAUCAUUAUUAUACCUACACUGAAAAUAACCUGCAAACUAAAGCUUUUAGUGGUACAAAUAGUUCUGUCCUAUGCCCUGAUUUGUAAUUUGUUAUAUUACUGAAAGAGUCCACUUCCAGGUAAACCCAUUGUCAUGAAUACCUGGUCUGCAACAAUGUUUAAGCGGGUAUUACGGGUCAAAUUUCAAAUGUCCUGUCCUGGGUUUCCCAUGCAGCAGAACAUUGGCCAGAACAUCACAAUCUGUUCACCUGCUUGUCAUCGUCCCACAGUGCAUCUGGAUGCAAUUACUUUCCCAGGUAAACUGAACAUCACAUACAUACCGUCUACGUGAUGUUAAAGGAAACGGGACUCAUCAGACAAGUUCUUCCACUCCAGUGUGUCACGAUCCUGCCUCUCACAUUCAUGCUUUUCUAGUCUUGUGUCAGGAUAAUGACAGUCCCUUGUGUUUUGUAUGGAAGCAACAUGGUUUGUUUUGGUGUGCCAUGUGCUCUCCUGUCCCAUCUCUUGGCCCCGCCCCCUCAUUUCCUCAUUAAUUAUCUUGUCAUUGGUUCAUGCCCCUCACCUGUUGCCCUCCUGAUUUUUCCCAUAUUUAAUUCCCUUGUGUCUCGUGCCGGUUCGUUUUGUAUGUAUAUGGAUCACGUCGUGUUCAGAAGGUUCCUGUGAAGUCUAAUCAGUCAAGUCUUUUCUAGUCUGUUUAUUUGUAUUUUGUCAAGCUCCUGUUUCUUGUUGUUUAAUAAAAUCUAUCAAAUCGUUGUCUGGGUUCUGCCUGCCACUCUUAACACACCUUAAAUAUUGUUUGUAACUUUAAUAAUUAGUAUGUGCUUCCUCACUAAGUUUAAAGAAAGCAUUUCCGAGAAAUAAUAACAAAAAACAGAAGCUAGUGUUGCUGAGAAAUGGCUCAGAAAGGGGAAACCCCAGAUCUAGAGUAUUUAAGAGCUUGUAAACACCUUCAUUCAUAAUCUCACUGAUCCACAUACCAGAAGCAAAGAAAGGACAUCAAAACCAAAAAGACCAUGAGGACCGUCACAGCUUUUGUUCUUCUAGCCUGUCUGAUUGCUUUAGGAGUGAACGGGCAGGACAGGUCCAGGGGCAGAUGUCUUUGUGCUGAUAAAGGAGCAAACAUAGUUUUAGUAAAGAACAUUAAGAAGGUUGAAAUCAUACCUCCAAGUGCAUCUUGUGAAAGACAAGAGAUCAUUGUCACUCUGAAGAAUGGCGCAGGACGGAAAUGCUUGAAUCCAGAGUCAAAAUUCACAAAAAAUAUCAUCUUGAAGGCUCUUGAAAAACAGUAG